CUCGCACAUUCAUAGGCUCUGUUGUUGUAGUGAUGGAGGAGGUCGUAGUUUUGAUUGUUGGCGCAGGGCCUGCAGGCCUCGCAACUUCAGCAUGCCUUAGCCAAUUCUCCAUCCCCUAUGUCAUCGUUGAGCGUGAGAAUUGCAGCGCAUCACUAUGGCGCAACCGCACAUAUGACCGUUUGAAGCUACAUCUAGCAAGGGAAUUUUGUGAGUUGCCACACAUGCCGUACCCAGCAGAUACCCCAACAUACAUACCAAAGAACACUUUCAUCAAGUACGUGGAUGACUACAUUGAGUGUUUCACUAUCCAUCCGAGGUAUCUCACUAUUGUUGAGUCAUCCACAUAUGACUUCAAUGGAAAAUAUUGGUCCAUCAUGGCGCGCGACAUGUCAAAGUGCACAAUAGUUAAUUACAGGGCGAAGUUUCUUGUUGUGGCAAGUGGUGAGAAUAGUGUUAAGAAUAUUCCAGUGCUCUCUGGCCUGGAAAACUUCCCGGGUGAGGCCAUCCACUCAUCAUGUUACAAGUCAGGCAUUGACUACUCCGGUAGGAAUGUGUUGGUCAUCGGAUCUGGUAACUCUGGGAUGGAGAUCGCCUACGACCUUGCUUCUCAUGGUGCCAAUACUUCUAUAGUUAUACGAAGUCCGAUUCAUGUAAUGACAAAGGAAUUAAUCCGACUAGGGAUGACACUAGUCCAUUAUCUUCCACUAAAGAUGAUAGAUGAUCUCCUUUUGACGAUGGCAAAUUUUGUAUUCGGGGACCUCUCUAGGCAUGGCAUCACAAGACCAGAAAAGGGUCCAUUUGUCCUGAAGUCGGAAACUGGUCGAUCCGCAGUGAUUGAUGUUGGCACCAUAGGGUUAAUCAAGAAAGACAAAAUUAAAGUUAAUGGAAGGAUUACUAAGAUCAAAGGAAAAACAAUUGAAUUUGAAGGUGGGAAGGAAGCCUCCUUUGAUGCCAUUGUGUUUGCAACCGGAUACAAAAGCACAACAAAUCUGUGGCUCAAGAAUGAUGAGGACAUGCUUAAUAGCGACGGCGUGCCCAAGAAGCAAUUCCCUAAUCAUUGGAAAGGGGCAAAUGGGCUCUAUUGUGCCGGGUUAGGGAGAAGGGGAUUGGCCGGUAUUGCCAUGGAUGCUAAGAACAUUGCGAAUGACAUUAAACGCAGCAUAGACUCUAUGUGCAGCUAAAAUAGCAUUUAUAUUUCUUCUACUAGGAGAAAAGUGUUGGAUUCCUACAAUUUAUCCAUAAUAGAUUCGAUCAGAUGCUGCAAAAUUUAGUUCAUGUCAGGGUACUAUAUGAUAGAAUAUUAUCCCUAGUGUUGUACCACUACAAUAUGCACUAGAUUGUGUCCAAGUUUUAAAUUUCAAUGUUUUC